CAAAACCUCUCUCGAUCUUUCAAGCCCUUCUACGCUUAUUCUUGAGCCGUCUACAACAUAAAAGAGAAUCAUUCUGGGCCUCGCUCUCUGGAUUUCCCCCUAACACCGUCUGCGGACCUUAACGAGAUCCUCACAGCACAAUUGGCUCAUGGAUGCCGCGCUCGCUGUAUGAAAGUUAUGGAAUGGUUCCGAAUCUAGCUUUCCUCUUCAUCACUCGCAUUCCACCAUGCCGGACGUUACUGUUCGUAAUGAAACACCUGAGCAACUCAACGUCGCCUUCCGGUUCGUUGCCCCUGCCAGUUGGACGAACUGCCUCCGCUCUGGAGAUUCUUGGCACACCCAUCUCCCCUCGACACCAUUCACCAUUGAAGUUCGUGUCGACACCGAACAAAAUCAUUUCUCGGCUGAAGAUUCUGCAAGAACAGCGGUAGACAUCUCGACAGGAUGGUUGGCCGGCACCGCCAGCGUAGUGGGAGGGUUCAUGGGUUCGUUCGUUGGGGGGGCUGCAGCGGGGCCGUUGAUGGGACACGCGAUGGCUGCUGGGGCGCGUUUUGCGCAAAAUGCUGACGGGAUGGUCAUUACCGUCGGUGGCGUAUGGAUUCCUUUCCAUAACAAGACGUUCGCGAUCCGUUUCGAUGAAGGACAGGGGUACAGUCUGUGGGAUGUGGACGAGAACCGCAAGAUGUCGUAGGAAUCACUUGGUCCAUACAGAAUUGUUUCGAAGAACGUGCAGAGCCGCGUGCGUACUGUCCUGGUUCCAGAGCAGCAGAAUAUGCUCGUUAAAAUGCACUACCUGGGAAGCCUGUUCACUGUAUCAUCGCUAAAUGGCUUUGGGCUGGAUUUUGCAUGAGAACGAAUAUAUUUUACAAGUUUU